CCUUUAUCAGCCCUCGUCUUAAUCGCUCUCUCUGGUUACAGAUUCGAAUAGCAUUUUUGGAAAUUAUCGAAUUUCAGAUACAGCCAAUUUCUGGGUUGAUUUGUGUUCUGGGUUUAACACUUUGAAGACGGGCGAAUGAAGUUUUCUUCAUUGAACACUAUCGUUUAGGGCUUCCAAGUUGGUUCCUUCUUUAAUGGCGACUAGGGGCAUAGAUUUCAAGUGGUACGACGGAUUUUUCUUGUCAAUGCUGGCCACGAGCAUAAUUGUUGUGGCUAUCAAUUGGAAACGUUAUCAUCUAUGUGCACACCCUUUGCAUAUAUGGAUAGUGGUGGACUAUACUGCAGUCUUUGUUUUCCGGCUAUUGAUGUUUGUAGAUAAUGGACUUGCUGCUGGAAUGGGAUUGGAUUUUGGGCGGCAACAGAGAUAUGCUCGUUUUUGUGGAAGAGUUGUGGUUCUUUCUAUUCUUUCUUUGCUGCUUUAUCCAUUUCUCUGGGCUUGGUCGAUUAUUGGUACACUAUGGUUCACUAGUGCAAAGAACUGUUUACCUGAAGAAGGCCAGAAAUGGGGCUUCCUUAUUUGGCUGAUGUUCAGUUUUUGUGGACUAAUUUGUAUCGCCUGCAUGACAAUAGGCAAGUGGUUAAUACGAAGGCAAGCUCACUUAGUGCGAGCUCAGCAGGGCAUUCCUGUUUCAGAAUAUGGGGUUUUGGUUGACAUGAUUAGGGUUCCAGAAUGGGCAUUUGAGGCUGCUGGCCAAGAAAUGAGAGGCAUGGGUCAGGAUUCUGCUACUUACCAUCCUGGACUAUAUUUGACUCCCGCACAGAGGGAGGCUGUUGAGGCACUGAUUCAAGAGCUUCCAAAGUUCAGGUUGAAAGCCGUUCCUACAGAUUGUAGUGAAUGUCCUAUUUGUCUGGAAGAGUUCCGUGUAGGAAAUGAGGUCCGGGGUCUUCCUUGUGCGCAUAAUUUCCACGUGGAAUGCAUUGAUGAAUGGCUUCGUCUGAAUGUAAAAUGCCCUAGAUGCCGGUGCUCAGUCUUUCCAAACCUAGACCUAAGUGCUUUGUCAAAUAUUAUACGUCCUGAAUCUGAGCGUCAUCUAUCUGUCACAACAACUGCCGAUCAAAGCAGAAGCAAUCUUCUCCCGGUUGAUGUCAUUCCUACAGACCUUUGUCUGGAAAUAGCGGAUAAUGAGACCACGCUCUUAGCGAACGAACCAAUGCCUUGAUAAUAUCAUAUGUUACUGUGUAGAACUAUAAAUGGGUUGUAUAGUUUAGUUGAUGUGACAUGAGCUUACUGUUUGUUAAGAAAUGAAAUGUUCCAUUUUGUGCAUAAAACAAGAAGAUUAUAAUGUUUUGAGUAAGAAAUGUGGAAGUUAAAUGAAUCCACUGGAUUGGUUUCUUGGAAUUGUAAAAGGAAAAAAAAGAGAAGUUGUCUUUUUGUUUUGUUUCUUG